AUGUUUGGCAGAGUUAUGGAGGCCUCCGACAACUCGACGCUUAUCAAUCCGGUGGCUCCCACCUAUCUCAUCAGUGAUUAUAUCGAAAUCGCCUAUUUGGGAUUAGUUCUGUUGUUCGGUGUUCCAGCGAACGUAAUCAUUCUCAAAAAACUGAUCGCAGAAUGGAAAACGGCGAAACGGGAUAUGGUGAAAAGUGGAUUCGUGUUGCUCAAAAUCAACCUUAACAUCACGGAUCUGUUGAUCUUGACCUACUCGCUUGGAAAACUGAUCUGGCUUAUCACCUACAGAUGGGUCGGUGGCGACUAUGCUUGCAGACUCUACCAAAUGUUCUCCAUGUUCUCUCUGUACAGCUCGUCCAACAUCGUGAUGUGUAUCGCUUUGGAUAGAUUGAGAAAUGUCAUUUAUGCUAAUCAGAUUCACACCAAGUCUAGCAAAGUGAGCCUUGUCCACUUCCUUGCCUGGACCUCAUGGAUAGCCGCGCUUCUGUGUAGUAUUCCACAGUUCUUCUUUUUCCAAACAAUUGAAGUCUCCCCCGACUUCAUCCAGUGUACCGAUGUCUGGCAGAUCCGUCGCCAUUUUGACAUGGAGAUUCGAUAUUUUUCAAACGACUCGUUUUUUCUCACCGAGACUUUUGAAAACCUCUACAACAUUUUACACUUGUUGAUCGUGUUCUGGGGGCCAUUCAGUGUUCUUGUCAUUGCCUAUUUCUACAUCACCUCCAGACUAGUAAAAUACUCGAAAAAGAAGCCAGGAGCACAAAAUAUCACCGGUCCACUGCCGACAGCAGCUGAUGAUUCUCCAAAAGAUCUCAUUGUUCAUGUCAAUGUGGAAGACGGGCUACUCAAAAAGGAAGGAAGCAUUCUUAAGGUUGUCAAAUGCUGUACCGAAAAGAAAAAGAAGUCACAGCGGAGAAAUGAUGGAAAAGAUUCAGCAACGUCCACCGCGUCGGCUCGUACGCCAAUGUGGCGGAAACAAAUGCGCAGCCGUGUGUUCCGAACCACAAUGCUCGUCAUCUUCACCCAUUUCCUCUUCUGGUUCCCUUACAAUGCACUUGGCGGAGUCAAAUAUAUCAGCCAGGGAUUGUUCGAAGUCCUCAGCGCCAACGCCAACAUCUUCAAAGAUCUCCAAAUUCUCAUUACUCUCAUCAACCCGUUCCUCUAUGGAUUUUCGUCCGGCAACUAA